GCGAAGAAAUGCAGUUGUAUAGUGCCAUUCGUAGAGGAAAUUGGUGGGCAGUGAAACUUACGGGCUUUAAUUGUUAUUUUUGUAGAAUUAUGCAGUUAGUUGAAUAUUUUAUGUGGAAUUGGUAGAGCAAGAAUGACUGAUAUGAUUUUAACUGGUCCUGAUGCUCGAAAGACAUCUUUUAAAGAUGAUGAUGAGUCGUUGCCUGUAGCACCAAAACGUGCAAGAACUUCAGAGGAUUUUUAUUUGUUCUGCAAAUUUAUUUUGGAGUAUGAAAACUAUGAAGAUUUCAGGGAAGAAUCAGACCAACAGAUAAUAAAAAACUUCACUUCAUCACCACUUGGAUCUGGAAUUGAUCAACGUAGUGGAAGGCAGAAAGUCUCUGCAACUCGGGCCAGUAGUUCUAGACAUGGUGUUUCAGCGUAUAGUUCAGAUAAGAUUAAUGACUAUUCAGUUACUGACACGAGAUCAAAUACAUCUCGAUCACCAAGUGAUGAAUCUGGAGCCAGCUCUGAGGAUAGCCAUGGACGUGAAAGGUUUCCUUCAAGAUCAAGUAAAUCUUCUUCGUCCACCAGUGACUCAGGUGAUGAGGAGGCCAGCUCUGCCUCAGCCCAAGACCGGAUGCGGAAAGGAAUUCAUUUGUCGGACAAGAGCUCCUAUGGGCUGAUAACAUGCUUCUGUAGGAGACCUUAUGCAGGCAGACCUAUGAUAGAGUGUUCAAAGUGCCUUACAUGGAUGCAUCUAUCUUGUGUGAAGAUUAAGAAGUCAAAUAUUCCAGAAGAAUUUUUCUGUACAAAGUGUAAGAAGAAUAAGAAGAACAAGAAUAGUGGUGACUCAGAGCAAUCACGUACAACUUUAUCGAGACAUAAGUGAAAAAAAUAAAUAAAUUAAUUAAGAACAGGGUUAUAAUAAAGACUUGGAAAGCCUCGAGUUACAAUUGCUCGACAGGGACUUCUUGUUUUGCAGCUGUGUGUGUGUGUGUGUGUGUGUGUGUGUGUGUGUGUGUGUGUGUGUGUGUGGAUUAAGUGAGGUACAAAUUACUUGUAAUAGUUACAAGAAUUAAAUGGUUUCCACAAAUUUGAGGUCCCUUUCCAAGCUGGCUUGGAAACUUACGUCAGCUUGGUGAUUUUGUAAGCAGAUGGUAAAAGUGCUGAUCAUAAAAGUUAUUUUACGUCUAGGCCAUUACCAAUUAGGUCUUUCAAGUGACUGGAAUGACAAGAAUCAUGAACACUUAAUGUAGCAAUAAAAGGAAACAAAAACCUUUAUUUGAAAUCUGGCUGUGUAACAAUGUUGUCAUUAUUCUUGUUAUUGUUGCAGUUGUUGUUUUUGUACUAUUAUAAGGAUCACCUUUUAGUAAAAAGAGAUUAACAUAUUUAUACCAGCCCUGUUGCUAUCUGAAUAAAAAUCAUGUCCUGGGAUUUAAAAAAAACUGCGAGACUAUUUAUAACAGCUGCUUACUGAAGUGAUGCACCAGUUACUUUGUUUUCUGGAAGAACUGAAGUGCAAACUUUUUCUAUGCUAGUAGUAGGCUAUAGUAAUUAUAAACUUUAACAUUGGACCAGAUCGUUUGCUCAUUGUAUUGCAUAUGUAUAUGUAUUUUCGGUACUGUUUUUGUAUCAGGAAAGUAAUGACCUGUCAGUUACUUGCAAAUGGUAUUAUUUGUUUUACAGGGUGCUAAAAGCUGUGAAAAUGACAUGCAUUAAUUUACAUAUGUGUAUACCUGAAAAUAAUGGGAAAGAUCAAUGUGAGGAGAUUGAAAAAGAUACUUGAAAUGGGGUCUGAGUGGACAGGAGCA